CGCGUGUGUGUGUGUGUGUGUGUGUUUAACUCUUUCUCUCUUUCUAGUAGUUUCAUGUCGUUUAUAUGUUCAAUUUAAAAGAAAAGAUAAACCUAGUCUAAUAUGUUGUUUCAUCUUCUAGAGACCAUCCAGAGAACUCAUUGCUUCGGUUUGAUUGACGUCUAUUGGCCCUGCAGCCUGCUGUUUUUUUUACCAUCCAAACCCCCCUACCCCAUCUUUCUCGCUACCCCCAAACCCCAUCUCCUCUUAUGGCGUUUUUGAUGUCUCUUUUUUGAGACCGCUCAGUAAAACGGCUUGCCUAUCCUCUACCUGUCUCUACCCUAUUUCUCUCUAACUUAUUUACCGCUAUCAUUACGGCAUUCUCAUUUCUAAAGUACUUGAAAUGAACAAAAAAACCGAACUAAAAAAACCCUGAGCCAAUGAAAAACCCAGAGCCAUUGAAAAAAACCCAGAAACUUGAAAAAAAAAAAAAAUCUUUCUUUUUGAAAUAGAAAGUACCAUCUCACUACAAACUGGUUUGUUUUGAGAAAUCUCCUCCUGUACCUAUUGUCACACUCUGUACCUACUGUCACACUCCCUGUAGUUCACGCUGAAGAGAUGCCAAAGAAAAGCAAAAGAUCCCAAGCGGCUAAAGUAAGGUGGAGUAAGUCUGGUGAGUUUCCGCUCAAAACACAAGCUGAACAUGUGCAGAAUUGUGAUCCUGACAGCAACAGAGAAGUACAUUUUCCUGACCAUUCUCAUGCUAAUGUGACAUGUGUGUUAGCAUCCUACAGUCAGAGCCAUCAUAGAUAUAUUGAUUCAAAAAACAGUCAGUGCACCUGCAACUCUGUGACAUUUCUAGCUUUCCUGCACGAGUUACAUCACCUGCAAAGCGCAGACCUUGAUCAGAUUUUGGAUCGCGGCCAUGCAAUGUAUGCCCUUACACUGGGACAGUUAUGUGUCGAUGGAACAAUGGUGCAUGGACACUUGAAUAUACAGGAACUCCCUGAGAUUGUUUUUGGCCAAAGACAGCAGCAUGUGCUGACAAAGUGUAACUCAAUGUAUGGAACGUUUGUAUCUUCUCCUGAAGUAGGCGAAUACCUCAACCUUGCAGCGAGACUUCAGUGCUUGACCUCUGACGUGAACUCCGCUCUGCUGGUAAUGACCUCUCAGUGCAUCGCUGUUUUCCGAGACCGGCAUGGAAGGUAUGGCUAUUUUGACCCACACACUAGACGACCUGAUGGACUUCCCUCUGGCCCAGAUGUCCCCGGCACAGCUGUCAUGUUGACUUUCACGCGUUUAAAUGACCUGGUAAAAAAGUUGAUCGCAAGCUUUACUAUGUUAGGCUCCAGCCCUUAUGCACCAUAUGAGCUCGUUCCUGUGCUUUUUAACAGUGAGGAUGAAUUCUCUGUGGAUGGAGUUUUGGCAAAUGUAGACUCUAAUGCAGAUACUGCUGAGUGCACUCCCUGUGAUGAAAUAUCAGACGCAAUUGAACUCAUGCACGUUUGUAGCGGUGAAGUUCCGGUGGAAUGCGAUACAUCUGACAAACCCCAACAGAUGCCAAAUCUAUCAAAAUAUUCAAAAGAACGAAGGGUAAGGUUUGAUAAAAGACUAAAGGCUUUGGAGGCGACGAAAACUAAACGUAGCAAAAAUGUUGAAACUGCAAAACAAAAAAAAAAUAGAAAAGAGAGGGAAAGGGAAGUUUGUUCACGUUUGUAA